AUGCUGUUUUUCAAGCUCAUCGCGGCUAUUGCUGCCACCACUGCCGUCUUCGCAGCACCGACCUCAAACCAUACCGCUAUUGCUGCCGAAGCCGCCGACUGUCCCAAAGCCUCUCGCUACGCCUGUGGCCAGUACAUGCUCAGAGACGGCACUCGCCAAGACUUCGUCUCCCAAGUCUACAAGUGCAUCCCGCGCGACCAGUUCAUGUGCAACAUCUUCAAGUACGAGCAAUUCGAUCCGAACCAUCCGAAUGCACCGGACCGCAUGAUCGCCGCCAAGGUCGAUCCUGGCUGUGCUUGUACCUUCUACAGCUAUGCCUGCGAUGGCGCUCAGUACACCGAGACCUUGGUGGGCUGGGAGGGCGAGCCUAACAAACCGGAGUGGAGUCGCCCCAUGCACACUGACAAGUUUUUCGUUGGCUGGUGGUGCAAGGAGGACUACUAG